GGUAGAUUUAUACACUAGGACCCUACCCUUGUAACUGACCGUACGUAUUCACUCGAAUAUAAUAGUCUAUAGAAAGUAACGCCGCACAGUGCACUUUGACUGCGGUCUGCUGUCACUUUCUCAAGCCGCAAAACGGAAAUGAACUCUUCCUCCUCGGUGAAUGAUCCAAUGCCAGCAACCACCCAUCCUUUAACCACCGAAAUUGACGAUGAUGUCGAAAUGGAGUACGAAGAAGUAGAAGAGGUCGGAAAAGAGGUUGAAAUCGAAGAAGGAAAAGAUGACGACUUUGGAGAAGAUUUAACUCCUAUUCGGGAAGAAAAUAAUCAGAAUGAUCCUAGUGGAGAUACAGGUCUUGAAGAGCACAUGAGAUCGGGUUUAAUGACAUCAGGAAAAGAUGUUGCAGAACCACAACCAAAUAUCCCCACUAUACUGGGCAAUACUUGCAAGCUCAACAUUUCAGAGUCAAGUGAGGACAGACCAAAGGUGGAGUCACGUGGCGAUGAUCCUAACAGAGUUACGGGUCCUGAAGAGCACUUGAAAUCCAGUUUAGUGACUUCACGAAAGCAUGCGCAUCCACUACCAAAUAUCCCCAAUAUCCUGGGCAAUACUGGCAGGCCAAAAAUCUUUGAGUCAAGUGAAGACAGACCGAAUACAGAGUCAUGUGGAGAUGGUAAAAGAACUCUGAAAGACACUGAUGAAAAACCUUUUUCUGACAGUCGGGGAAUGAAUUCUUUGAACAGCAAAGCUUCUGCUGGAUCAGUCAGCGCUACAACAUCAAUGAUUGAUGCAUCUAGGGAGAAGUUUUAUGGUGCUGAGUAUUUUGCUGCAGUGAACACAAAGCAAAUGUCACAAAGGCUGAACACUUCCCAGACAAGGCCUAGAGAUUUGUCAUCAAGCACUGAGUUGACAGGUGGGAUUAAAAGACAGAGGAUUGUAUGUGAAUUUCAUUCCAAGGGAUGGUGCAUCAAAGGGAAUACUUGUAGGUUCCUUCAUAUAAAGGAGGGAGCUGUGGAUGCAUCAACUGGACAUAUAACCAGGACGUCUUUUGAUGAUUGGGAACCAUCUGUUCCUUUCCGUCCAUCACACUUCAUCACUGAGAAAUUACUGUCUCAGGCAAAUCUGUGUGACCCCAUUCGUGAUAGCAUUGAGCCAACAAAAGUUAGAGAUGGGGUCUCAAAAAUUUCUGGUGGUGGCGAUCUACAUUCAACCGGAGAUGUUGAUCCAAAGGCGAUCAUAUUGAGUACAAGUCGUGAUUCAGGAAAACUAGGUGAAUCAAUUCACGUGACAGAACCAGACUUGGAUAAAGUCAGUCUAAAGAAUGAGCACAGUGGAUAUCUGCAGAAGGAAUCAAAAGAAAUGAAACAUUUUAGAGCUGUUCUUGUGGAACAUGUUAAGGAUUUGGUAAAACCAACUUGGCUUGAGGGCCUUCUGAGCAAGGACGCUCACAAAUUGGUAGUUAAGAAGGCAGUCGACAAAAUUCUGAGCUCAUUUCAACCACCGCAUCAGAUUCCUAGCACGGGUGAAUCAAUUAAGUCCUAUCUUUAUGUGUCUCAGCCCAAAAUUGAAAAGCUAGUUGAGGGAUACAUGGAGAAGUAUGGGAAAUCUUGAAAUGGCUUUCUGGUUGUUCUUUCUAGCAUAUCCUGUACCAUGCCAACUGGAAGUUCUGAACCAUUGUUCGUGGAUUAUCAAGCUUUUCUUAGGCUAAGACUGGGACUACUGAAAUGCUUUUGAUUCUCAGAUGUCCAGUUUUAUGGAUAAAACUUUGACCCCCCUUAUACGUGGGAGUAUCAUAGCCGAGUUUCGGGUCCUGAAGAGCGCUUGAGAUCAGCUUUAAGAGAUCAGCUUUAAUGACUUCAGGAAAAGAUGUUGCAGAUCCACCACCAAAUAUCCCCGCUAUCAUGGGCAAUACUGGGAGGCUCAACAUCUUGUAAUCAAAUGAAGACAGACCAAAGGUGGAGUCACGUGACGAUGAUCCUAGCCUAGUUUCGGGCCCUGAAGAGCACUUGAGAUCAGGUUUAAUGACUUAAGGAAAAGAUGUUGCAGAGCCACCACCAAAUACCCCAUUACCCUGGGCAACACUGGCAAGCUCAACAUUUUGGAGUCAAGUGUAGACAGACCAAAGAUGGAGUUACGUGGUGAUGUGAGGAUUUCGAGUAUCUAAUAAUGUCAAAUAAUGCUCUCAAGAAAAUCCAUAAAAAUGUUAUGAUUUGCUUGUUUAGAAAAUUUCGUUUAGCUCUCUUGUGGUGGUGAUCCACAUUCGACAGGAGACAAUGAUUUAAAGGCUAUCAUAUUGAGUUCUAAAUGUGAUUCAGGAAAACAAGGUGAACAAAUGCACAAAACAGAAAUAGAAGUAGAUGAAUCAGGCAAAAGCCUCGGAUUGAUAUUGACUUUAAGAACAGUGGAUAUCAGCAGAAGGAAUCUGAGGAACCCUGACAUUUUUUAGCUGUCCUUGUGGAAGAAUAUGUUAAGGACUUGGCUCGAGGGCCUGUUGAGCAAGGACGCACGAAAAGUGACAGUUAAGGCACUUGACAAAUUCAUAGCCCAUUUCGACCUCACCAUAUUCCCAGCAUGGGCAUAUCAAUUGAGUCAUUUAUUAAUGCGUUUUGGGCAAAACUUCAAAAGCUAGUUGAGGUUAGUUAUUUUGAGUUACACGAUUAUAUGUUCUGAGGAAGACUUAUUGUAUAAACUAUUUUGCCUUUGACAUUUGGUUAUUAUUAUUACACAAAUAUAUUGAGAUGAGAAAUCUUGA